CGGAGCGGGGGCGGUGGGCGGGCGGCGGGGAGGGGCGGGGCGGGAGGCCGGCUGGGGUAGGUGGCGGGGCGGCCGCCCGCCGCGCCAUCGGCAGCGGCGCCGGGGCCGGGAACGCAGCAUGGCCCCGCCGGACCCGGAGGGCGACCGAGGUGCCGCCGGUGCCAUGGCCCCCGGGAAGAAGAUCACGGCCCGCAUCAAGAGGACGCUGCCGGUGAAGGGCCCGCAGGCGCCGACGCUGAGCGAGCUGAUGCGGUGGUACUGCCUCAACACCAACACCCACGGCUGCCGCCGCAUCGUGGUCUCCCGCGGCCGCCUGCGCAGGUUCAUCUGGAUCCUGCUGACCCUCAGCGCCGUGGGGCUGAUCCUCUGGCAGUGCGCCGAGCUCCUCAUGAACUACUACAGCGCCUCGGUCUCUGUCACCGUCCAGUUCCAGAAGCUGCCCUUCCCCGCCGUCACCAUCUGCAACAUCAACCCCUACAAGUACAGUUCCAUGAAAGACUAUUUAUCUGAAUUGGACAAAGAGACAAAAAAAGCUUUGGAGACUUUCUACGGAUUUUCAGAGGGCAAGUCCAAGGUGCGCCGGUCUGUGGAUGAGGGGAACAGCACUGGGAGUGACUUUUUCAAACAGAUCCCUCUGCUGAAGUUUGAGGACUUCUCUAAGACAGCGACUGACCUUCGCAGUGGCCAGAAGAGGAAAAUAGAGGGCAGUGUCUUUCACAAGGAUUCGUCCAUAGUGAACUCCGGGGACUCAAAUGAUAUCAUCGGCUUUCAGCUGUGCGAUGCAAACAACAGCAGUGAGUGUGCACUUUAUACAUUCAGUUCUGGUGUUAAUGCUAUCCAAGAAUGGUACAAGCUGCAUUACAUGAACAUCAUGGCACAAAUUCCCCUGGAGACUAAAGAGAAAUUGAGUUAUUCUGCCGAUGACCUUCUGCUGACAUGUUUCUUUGAUGGCCUAUCUUGUGACAAAAGGCACUUCACUCGUUUCCAUCAUCCCCUGCAUGGCAAUUGCUAUACCUUCAACAGUGGAGAGAACGGGACGAUCCUGAGCACCUCGACCGGAGGCAGCGAGUACGGAUUGCAAGUUGUUCUGUAUAUAGAUGAAGCAGACUACAACCCCUUCCUGGUGACAUCAACAGGAGCCAAGAUCAUCGUCCACGACCAAAACGAAUAUCCCUUCAUUGAAGACAUCGGCACAGAAAUUGAGACUGCAGCAGCCACCUCCAUAGGGAUGCACUUUACUCGGUCUCGCAAGCUGAGCAAACCCUACAGUGACUGUACGGAGACUGGUGCUGACAUACCAGUAGAAAAUCUCUACAACAAGAGCUACUCACUCCAGAUUUGCCUGCACUCCUGCUUUCAGAAGGCCAUGGUGGACUCAUGUGGCUGUGCCCAGUACGCGCAGCCCUUACCUGCUGGGGCGGAGUACUGCAACUACAAGAAAAACCCCAACUGGAUGUACUGCUACUACAGACUGCACGAAAAGUUUGUGAAGGAGCAGCUGGGCUGCCAGCAAAUCUGCAAAGACGCCUGCAGCUUCAAGGAGUGGGCGCUCACCACCAGCAUCGCCCAGUGGCCAUCCACCGUGUCAGAGGACUGGAUGCUUCGAGUUCUCUCUUGGGACAAAGGGCAAAAAAUCAAUAAGAAACUGAACAAGACGGACCUCGCAAACCUCAUGGUGUUUUACAAAGACCUGAACGAGAGAUUCAUUUCGGAGAAUCCUGCCAACACGCUUGUCAUUCUUCUUUCCAACUUCGGAGGCCAGCUGGGCCUUUGGAUGAGCUGCUCGGUCGUUUGCGUCAUUGAGAUCGUCGAGGUCUUCUUCAUUGAUUCCCUUUCCAUCGUAAUGCGGCACCAAUGGCAAAGGGCAAAGAAAUGGUGGAAUGACCGAAAAAGGGACCGGUCGGGGAAGCCACCGGAGGCCGGCGAUCUGGAGAGGCAGGGCCACGAUAACCCAGUCUGCAUCGAUGAGGACCUGCCCACCUUCAACACCGCCCUCCGCCUGCCGCUGCCCCAGGACAACCCCUUACCCAGGACUCCCCCCCCUAAUUACAGCACUUUGCGGCUAGAGACUGCCUUCACAGAGCAGCUGCCCGAUACACUAGAGGUUGGGCAACACUGAUGCUUAUUUAUCCACCCAUCCAGGUGCCAAAAUAAGAGGUGGGUGCUGGGCCCACGCGUCCAGGGGUGAAAGGCACGCAUCCAGACGAGCACUGAAGGGCUGUUGAGUCAGACCCUUAUUCAGGGAUUGAACUUGCAGUCAAAGCUUCUCUGAGCAAAGCUCAGACACAAAAGCCAAGGGCUCAGAGACAUUAGGAACUUCAAGCAACAUCAGUUCUCAAGUUAAUCGUUGCAGGAGACGGCUGGAGCAGGAUGUGGCGCUGAGCUGGGAUGUCUUGCCAGACAGAGGCAUACAUUAGCAACCAACUGCACACACCCCAUUGCAAGUGGGCAGGAAUUACUCCACAGCAGAAGAUUGAUGCCACAUUGAGUAUUAAUGCUAAUUGCUCUCUGCUGUGUGGCUUGACUUGUGGGAAAAACCCAGGGCUUUCAGGAACGCAGCAUGACAUUUGUAGGAAGGGGAAUGACAGAGAUUUGGGAAGAGCACAAAAAGGAUAAAAAGAAAGCUCUCAACUUGAAUUUUGAUUCCAAAGGUGGCCUGAGGAGCCCUUUGUUCUGAGGUGGAAAGUUAGGAUAGCUAUAGAUGUGCUCGUAGAGGAAGUCAUUACAGAGCUCAAGUAGGAAAAUGUAAGUCAUCCCAAAAGAAUCAUCUGAAAAGGGCAUGAAAUCUAAUUCGAAUUGCAAUAAUGAGCUGCAUGCUCUGCAAGCUUGUUUCAUUUUACAUCGCUCAAGCCUUCCAUUAAACGUAACCUCAGAGGAGCUCGUUAAGCAGCGCAUGGCCUCGGCCCCACGUGACUUCCCAGAAGCCUGAAAGGGAGGUGGCUGCUCUUUUCCUGCUCAACCCCAGGCAAGGGCUUCCCUCCUGCAGGUGCCCAGUUCACCACCCUGGAGCUGGCAGGGCCCAGGGAAGGGCCGGAGCCACGCGAGGCUGCAGCAGCGGCUGGAGCUGCCUUGGGCACCACACACAGCCCUGCAGGGAGGUGGCCAGAGGGUACCUCUCCCCCACCGGUACGUCCUCCGCCUCGCUUACACCCCCUCCAUUCCACCGUGCUGCCUCAACACCCGCAUUUUGCCUCUAGUGCACCGAGCCGUGCCACUUGCACCAUGCCGGUCCCUCCCUGCACCGCAGAGGCUGCCUGUGGGGAGACCUCAGGGGCACCCAGCUGCGGUGACAACACGUCUCCCCUCGCUCCCAGUCCUGCGCCUGCCUCUUUCCUGCCGUAGCCGAUUCUUAGCUGCCCAGAGCACACUGUAGAGACGUUGAGGAUGAAUAUAGCCUACACCAGGUUGGCUGCUUAGGGUUUUUGUAGAGCAAGAGCGAUUGAGAGUGUGUGUGUGUGUCUAAGUAAGAAUGUCUGUCUUUUCCUUUCUCUACAUAAGCUUAUUUUAUAUAGGACAGUGAGAAUCCAGAAAGGUUCUUUAAUGUGCAAUAAAACAUAUUUUAUCUGGAUUAUUUAAAUAGCUGAUAAAC